AUGCCUCUUAACUUGUCGUAUCUUAGCGUAGUGUUGCUACUUGGUUUUUUCAGCGUUAUUGAAACUCGCGCGAUUGCGAAGACCACCCGACACCAUGUCUCCGAAUACGUUAGGCAAGCGGAGCAAAGCUUUCCGGUAGAUGAAGAGUACUAUCAAUACCCUGCGACCAAUGAAGCUUUUACCGAGGAGUAUCCUGUAUACCAAACCAGCCGCUCUAUUGUGACAGAUGACAUGCCCCCGGAUUUCCUUUCCGCCUUCAAACCAUACCUCAUGUCUGACAUCCCAUUGCCACGCGCAUCCAUGGCGGACGAAGGAUCGGGAUCGCAAGCAAUGCCCUCACAGUUUGCAUCCUCCGAGUCGCGGGUUGAAGAUAAUUCGAGUCCGAAGUUGGUAGCACCCACUACUGCUGUCAAAGCGAAGAAACCGAAACCGGCCACUCCAACUCCCACUCAAACUCGUGAUGCAGAGCCGGCCCCACAAACAUUCGACUCGCCGCGAGUCGAGAAGGCAGCGAUGGCUGCUAUGCAGCCAUUAGGAAGCAUCAGUAGAGCCCAAACUAACGGUCUACUCAGUGCACCCCUCAACCUACUUUCAGGCAAAGAAGCUAUCCCUGACUUCGGAUUCGUCAAUAACAAAAACAUCGACGGCCAACUUCGAAAAGUAACUUAUGGAGUCGAUGACAAGGGCAACAUCGUGGAACACUCUGCACAGGUUGUCAACUCUUAAGGGACUUUUCAAUCCAACUUCUACCUUACUUUUUACUCCACCUAUUUUGAGUAACA